AUGGAAAACCAAUGGACUUCGGGUCUUUUCAGCUGCAUGGAUGACGUCGAAACUACUUGCCUCACAUUUUGCUGCCCGUGCGUCACUUUUGGAUGGAUCGCUGAAGGAGCGGUAGGUUGUAAGAGAUGUGGGUUAUCUUACGUGCUGCGAAGUUUUGUGGUCGCCUUACCUUGCUUGUUAUCAUGCACUUACCGGACUAAGAUCCGACGCAAAUUCGGGUUACCAGAGUCUCCAGGUUCGGAUUGCCUCACUCACUGCUUUUGUGACCGUUGUGCUCUUUGUCAAGAAUACCGUGAACUCAAAAACCGUGGUGUUGACCCCUCUAUUGGGUGGGAUGGGAAUGUGCAACGGAAGAUGGCUGCUCCUAUGAGUCAGAAAAUGAUGGGUUGA